AUGUCUGAUACCCCCAUUCCGUCAAUCGAAUUAGUUAAGAAAUGGAAGCGAGCUAAUGUUGUUGAUUUUUUGAAAGAGAAAAAAGAAGAGUUAGAACUUGAAAAUGAGGAUAUCCAGAUAAUUGAUAACAAUAGGGUUAACGGUCGUGCCUUCCUUGAGUUAAGUCAAGAAGAUCUUGAGAGAUGGAAAAUGCCAGGUGGACCGGCAAAAACCAUAACAAUAUUGAUUGAGAAUAUUAAAGGCGAAACGCGAGAGCAUGAGAAAAAAAGGAAGGCAAAGGAAGAACUCACUAUCACAAAACUGAAAAGAAAAAAAUGGAUGGUAAAUAGUAUGAUGCAUCCAUAUGACUGGGAUACUCAUUAUUUUGCCGACCCGGCAGAACAAAAUGCACCAUUGCUUGAGAAAAUUAGAGAUGGUCACUUCGUAGUGCUAUACGGUACACGGGCUUCGGGAAAGUCUACAAGGGUACAAAAAGCCAUUCAGCAGUUGGAACAUGACUUCGUUUGCAACUACUUGUCUUUAGAAUAUGUUAACAUAAACAGCUUAGAUAACUUCUGGAAGACACUUGGUUUAACUCUCAGUAGAGAUAAUGACUGUAACUUUGAAUCCUGUAAUACUAUCAAUUCUGCUCAAAGUUUCCUUGAUUUCUUUUCUAAAAAUUUUGUCAACAAAAACAAAAAUCUUCGUAUAAUCCUCUUCCUUGAUGAGUUUGACAAAUUGCUCAAAGCGGAUUCAAAGGUUUGCUCUGAGGUUCUCGAUAUAUUUCGUGGCAUUAGGAAUACCCCAGGCACUUUUGCAAUCCACUCUGUCGUUGCUAUUGGUACCUUCAGCAUCCUACAUAUAGACUCCAGCAGUUCUACGUCACCCUUCAAUAUCAAAGAACCGUUCCAGAAUCCAAGUUUUACACUAAACCAAGUACAAAAACUAUAUGAACAGUUUGCGGCAGACUCUAAGAUAACAAUUGACCCGGAUGUUGUUGAAGAUAUUUAUGCACAGACAAACGGGCAUGCUGGCCUUGUAUGCCUUUGCGGGCGUGCAAUCGAAGUAAAUCUGAUCCAACACUUGGAAGAGGGAACGCACCUGAGCUAUGAUAUAUGGCAACGUUUCAGCAUGUCAUUAGUUGAGGAAGUUAUCCAGUACCAGACGUUUCGAAGUAUGGUUAAUACUCUUUUGGAACCCAGAUAUAAGAAUGCAAUGGACUUCUUUCGUUCCAAUUUCCUGGUGGAUAUUGGCCUUGAAUUUAAGAAAGUCCCUAAUAUUGAUAAUAUUGAACUUGCUGAGUUUCUCGCGGCCGAAGGAGUCCUAUUGCCUGGUAGAAGCCCCGAAACAUUCAAGAUUUCCUCACCUCUUGUGCGCUGGUUGAUUCUUAGUCGUGUAAUUCCCAAGGUAUAUCCCUCCUGCCCGCAGGUAGAAAUCCCUUUUCAUUCUUCUUCAAAUACUUUGGAUAUUCUCGAAGUCUUGAAGCAAGUAGUCCGUAUAUUCGACAAAAAAAUUAUCGAAGUGACAUCCUGCCAUUCAUUCAAGAUGGCACAUGUGUUUGUGGAAGCUUCUAAAGAUCGUAGGGUCCCUAGGGAGAGUGUGUAUGAUUCAGAGUUAUACCGUAUUCUGUCAAAUUGGCUUAGCAUUAAGAACUUUCAAAUCACAGGACAGUGGCAUUUGAUAAGUCGCACUGGUGGACGCAAUAAUCAUAAAUACAGUGACAUAAUAAUUAAUUCGCCCGAUCAUCCAACAGUUGUUCUUGAGUUAUUAGCAACGGCGAAACAGAGUGAGCUCGAUGAACAUUUUGAGCGGGCGCUUACUUAUGCAAAACUACUCUCAGCAGGUGAGACCUGGGUCAUCCAUUUUUCAUGCGAGGAUAAAAUAACUGAGAAUCCUUAUUGGCCGGCUGAUAGAGAACUUAAAAAGGGUCUUCGAGUUGUACACUUUUGGCACGAUCUCUACUUUACGAAGAUUAAAAUGAUUGCAUGUUGGUGGGAUGUGAACAAUAAUACGAAGCAUGUUACUGGCGUCGAGGAAUUUAUGGUUUCAUAA